CGCUUUACGACGCAAGAACAAGUUAUACAGAAACACGGAAUCCUCUUUACCGCGAUACUCGCAUUCAGCGAUGGCAAGAGCGACCGGAUUUAUGUGGGUGUUAUUCACGGCGGUUGCAAUAACGCAGACGAAACCUCUGAACUCGACACUCGACGAAUCGAUCAAUGAAAUCGAUCACGGUAAUCACGCAAAGUCGAAGCCGCUCGGAUUAAAAGAACGGCCGCGGAAUUCUGCUUUGCCGACCAACGAGGUGCCGUUAACGACCACGCGAACAGCUGAUGCAACAGUCGAUUCGGCAGCCAGUACAGCGCGCGAUACGACCGCACUGCCUUUCGAGGAGAUUUCGACGACAAGACCGGGUCCGUUGUCGUGGUUCUUGGCGCCGCUCUCACAGAAGAUCCAAUUUUCGCCACAGUCCUUCCUGCAGGAUCGUUUCGUCUUGCUAAAAGAGGUGCUCAACAAUCUGGGCGUCAACGUGCAAAACGCAACGGCGAAGCAACUCGGAACCGGCGGUCUGGUGCACUUCACAGGUCCUAGUGACACCGGUUUCUACACAAAUCGACUGGAACCGGCCGGUUUUCUUGGAGGCAACGGCUGGUUCGCCAAUAAGGGCGGCAUACUCGGCGGGCCUGGAGCUAUUGUAUCCACUGGCAGUCUUCUCACAGAUUAUCCGACUCCUUACAGAAGAAAGUAGGACGAACUCGUGUAUAUCGUUUAUUCAAAACCGCAUGUAAAUAAUUGAACGAGCGGAAAUUAUAUUCUGUCGUAAUUUAACAUGCAACGCUAGUUUCGAACGCGAUAUCUUGAAAAAAAUCUCUCAUUUAUCGAACAAUUUAUUUGUGCAACGCGGCACAGACUCAUCGCUAUUAUGAUAGUAGACACUAAAAAAAAAAAAAAAA